GCCCGGAGCCGCCCGGGGAGGCCGGAGCGCGGUGAAUAUGGCACUGGCAGGGAAGCCUCUAGACGUGACCCUCAGCAGCUCCAGGCCUGAGCAGUGGAACAUGGUUUUCCCCCAGAAAGAUGAAAUCAUCACCAGUUUAGUGUCUGCCUUAGACUCCAUGUGCUCCGCGCUGUCCAAGCUGAACGCCGAGGUGGCCUGCAUCGCCGUGCACGACGAGAGCGCCUUCGUGGUGGGCACCGAGAAGGGCAGAGUCUUCCUCAGCGCCAGGAAGGAGCUGCAGGCCGACUUCCAGAAGUUCUGCCGAGUCCAGCAGCGGAGGGAGCAGGAUGCAGAGGCGCAGAAGAAGGCAAAGGAGUGCGGGCGAAGCGUGCUCAGGGUCUCCCCGGACCAGGGAUCAGACGUGUACCUCCUCAGGAAGAUGGUAGAGGAAGUGUUUGAUGUGCUUUAUAGUGAAGCGGUGGGGAAGAGCAGCGUGGUCCCCUUGCCCUAUGAGCGGUUCCUGAAAGAGCCGGGACUGCUGGCAGUGGCCGGCUUGCCCGAGGGGAUCAGCUUUAAGAAACCCAUGGAGUACGACGUGAAGUCCCUGAUGGCCAUUUUAGAGCACAGCCACAGCAUCCGCUUCAGGCUAAAAAGGCCGGCGGACGAGCCCAGCAGAGAGCUGAACCCUAGCAUAGACUUGACUUGUACCUCCCUCGCGCCCAAGGGCAGCCGGGACGCUGGUGCCAACGGCCACAUGGCCAAACCCUCCGGCCAGGACGCUCCCUCUGCCGUAGCCGUGACCAAUUUCUUAUACGGUGUCUCGCUGCCUACGCAGAUUGCCGUGGACCUAAAGCAAGAGGUGUCCUCCGGUCUGCACGGGGCGACCGCGGCCAGCGAAGCGCUGCUGCCCAGGCCCUCAGGAGAGCUGAAGGUGCCUUCCUCACAGGAGUACAGCGACUGCUGUGGACAGAAAUCGGCCGUCUCUGGGGGCCCUCUUAUCCAGAAUGUGCACUCUUCCAAGCGCAUCCUCUUCUCCAUUGUCCACGACAAGACAGAUAAGUGGGACAGUUUUAUAAAAGAAACUGAAGAUAUCAACACCCUUAGGGAGUGCGUGCAAAUUCUGUUUAACAGCAGAUAUGCUGAAGCCUUGGGGUUAGACCACAUGGUCCCCGUCCCGUACCGGAAGAUCGCGUGCGACCCCGAGGCGGUGGAAAUUAUCGGCAUCCCUGACAAAAUCCCCUUCAAAAGACCUUGCACCUACGGCGUCCCCAAACUCAAGCGGAUACUGGAGGAGAGGCACAACAUCCACUUUGUCAUCAAGAGGAUGUUCGAUGAGAGAAUUUUCACAGGAAGUAAAUUUACCAAAGACCCAACCAAGCUGGAGCCCUCCAGCCCCCCCGGGGAGAUCUCCCCCGAGCCGCACCGCGGGGCCGUGCUGGACCUGGCAGGGACGUCGCAGGCCGGCAGCAGGUCGGAGAAGUGCAGUGUUUCUGAAAGCUGUGAACCAGGUACCUCAGGAGAGCUGGGUGGGAUCAGGCAGAUCAAAAUUGAGCCGGACGAGCUGGACAUCAUUCAGAUCACAGUUCCAGACCGAUCACCCACUUCAGAUGAGAUGCACGACCCGGUGACCACGCACAUGGCCUCGGAGGAGUCGAGCUACAUCCUAGACGCAGUAGCAGGGACCGAGAAGGGGCCCAGUGAGGAGUCACGGCACGAGGAGAAGCAGAUGGAGGCAUCAGAUGGUAUAGGGGACGUUUUAAGUCAUUUGAGGAAACAAGUGGAAAUUUUGUUCAACACGAGAUACGCGAAAGCCAUAGGAAUAUCGGAGCCAGUCAAAGUCCCCUACUCCAAGUUCCUGAUGUACCCCGAGGACCUGUUCGUCGUAGGCUUGCCGGAGGGCAUCCUGCUGCGGCGCCCCAACUGCUUCGGGAUUGCAAAGCUGAAGAAGAUCCUGCAAGCGAGCAACAACAUCCAGUUUGUCAUUAAAAGGCCAGAGCUGCUGGCAGAGGGCGUUAAGGAGAUGGCAUCGGACAGCCCAGGAGCCAAAGCUGCCGGCGAGAGGGACUGCAGUGAGACGCUGCUGGACGACGCUGUGAAGAGGCAGGGCUUCCAAGAAAAUUAUGAUGCCAGGCUUUCCAGAAUAGACAUUGCUAACACACUGCGGGAACAAGUCCAGGACCUGUUCAAUAAGAAAUACGGUGAAGCCUUGGGGAUCAAAUACCCCGUACAAGUGCCAUACAAGCGGAUCAAAAGCAAUCCGGGGUCGGUGAUCAUCGAGGGGCUGCCCCCCGGCAUCCCCUUCCGCAAGCCCUGCACCUUUGGCUCUCAGAACCUGGAGAGGAUAUUGGCCGUGGCCGAUAAAAUCAAGUUCACAGUGACGAGGCCUUUCCAAGGACUCAUCCCCAAACCCGCCCCUAGACGGAUAACGUCAUUGGAAAAAGCGUACGCUGCCUUGAAUGAUGAGGACGAUGCCAACAGGCUCGGAGAGAAGGUGAUUCUCCGAGAGCAAGUGAAAGAGCUUUUCAAUGAAAAAUACGGAGAGGCUCUGGGCUUGAACCGGCCCGUCAUGGUGCCCUAUAAACUCAUCAGGGACAGCCCCGACGCGGUGGAGGUCACCGGCCUGCCGGAUGAUAUCCCUUUCAGAAACCCCAAUACCUACGACAUCCACCGGCUGGAGAAGAUCCUGAAGGCACGGGAGAGCAUCCGGAUGGUGAUUAUAAACCAGCUCCAGCCUUUUUCUGAAAUCUGCACUGAGGCCAAACAAACAGAAAAAGACAGCAGUGUUCCCAAGAGGAAGCGGAAGAGGAUCUCCGAAGGGAACUCGGUAUCUUCCUCUUCCUCAUCUUCCUCCUCCUCCUCUUCCAAUAUGGAGUCCACGUCAUCAACAAAUCAGAUCUCUCUUGUGCAAUGGCCCAUGAACAUGUACAUGUUAGACUAUGGUGGUCUAAACGUCCAGAUCCCAGGACCUAUUAACUAUUAGACCUCAAUACCGAAUAAGAACCUCAAAUGAAAGAAUAAAUAAAUAAAUGUAAUUUAUGUAAAAAGUGUAUAUUCCAAUAUGUAUCAAUGCCUUUUAGUUUUUCCAAUGAUUUUUACACUAUAUUCCUGCCAUCAAGGCCUUUUUAAAUAAAAAUAAAAAGUGUUGCCUUGCUCUU